AUGUUGAAGUCUGAGGACUUUGUGGAGCGCCAGCAGGCCCAGGUGGUCAUCUCCGACUUCUCCAGUGGAGCGGUCGAGAUCUUCCUCCGUGUUCUCUACUCGGGGGUGGUACGGGGGCCGCUUGAAACCUUGGUGGAAGUGUCUUCGAUGGCGGACAAAUACCAGGUGAAGCGGCUCCUGGAGCUUUGCACGGAGGCGCUCCAGGACGGCCUCAGCCCGGCGAAUGCCUGCGAGCUCUUCGCCGCAGCUGCCCAACUCCGAACUGCAGGUCCUCUUGAAGGAUGGAGCUGCAAGAAGCGGAAAGCUGGUGAGGAAGAGACUUUGCCCUCACCGCUGCAGCCGAUCGCUGAUGGACACAUGGGCCGGAUGGAGGAUGAGCUUGCGCGCUUUACGUCUGAAUAUGGGCCGGCCUGA